GUAUAAAUAGAGAUUCAUUUUCUAGAUCAAAUUAGUUCUUGUUUGAAUUUGAAUCUGUAACUUCACAAAACACUUCAUAAAAUAUCACGAUGAAAUUCAUCAUUCUUGCAUUGUGUGUAGCUGCUGCCUCAGCAUUGUCAGGAGACCAGAUUGGCCUUGUCCAAUCAACAUAUGGAAAGGUUAAGGGAGACUCAGUUGGCAUUCUUUAUGCCGUUUUCAAAGCUGAUCCAACAAUCCAAGCUGCAUUCCCACAAUUCGUUGGUAAGGAUCUCGAUGCUAUUAAAGGAGGUGCUGAGUUCUCAACUCAUGCUGGAAGAAUUGUCGGUUUCUUGGGUGGAGUCAUUGAUGACUUGCCAAACAUUGGUAAGCAUGUUGAUGCCUUGGUUGCUACACACAAGCCUCGUGGAGUUACACAUGCACAAUUCAACAACUUCCGUGCUGCUUUCAUCGCUUACCUUAAAGGACAUGUUGACUACACUGCUGCUGUUGAAGCUGCCUGGGGAGCAACCUUCGACGCCUUCUUCGGAGCUGUCUUCGCUAAGAUGUAAAUGGAAAUGGAACGGACCUCAAUUGAAAGACUGCAUAAAAUUCAGAUAAAAAUUCAAAUUUUAAAACUUUUUCUUUACUUAUUGCCUCUCAUAAAGUAACU